AUGGAGUGGGGUGAUCCAGGUGGUGUAUGGGAGGUGAUGGGGUAUCCAGGUGAUGGAUGGAGGUAUCCAGGUGAUGGAGGUGGGGGUGAUCCAGGUGGUGGAUGGUGGUAUCCAGGUGAUGGAGGUGGAGGGUAUCCAGGGAUGAUGGAGAUGAUGGGUGGUAUCCAGGUGAUGGAGGUGGUGGUAUCCAGGUAUCCAUGGAGUGGGGGUAUCCAGGUGAUGGAGAUGGAGGUGGGGUAUCCAGAUGAUGGAGGUGGGGGUAUCCAGAUGAUGGAGGUUGGGGGUAUCCAGAUGAUGGAGGUUGGGGGUGAUGGAGGUGGGGGUAUCCAGAUGAUGGGGUUUGGGGGUAUCCAGAUGAUGGAGGUUGGGGGUAUCCAGAUGAUGGAGGUUGGGGGUAUCCAGAUGAUGGAGGUGGGGUAUCCAGGUGAUGGAGGUGGGGGUAUCCAGGAUGAUGGAGGUUGGGGGUAUCCAGAUCCAGGUGGGGGGUAUGGAGGUGGUGAUUGGGGUAUCCAGGUGAUGGAGGUUGGGGGUAUCCAGAUGAUGGAGGUGGGGGUAUCCAGGUGA